GAAUUAAAACCUCACAUUUUCACGGUAGCAGAAGAAAGUUACCGUAAUGUCCAGAGCCAGAUUCCAUUAGUCAAUCAGUCCAUCAUUGUUAGCGGGGAAAGUGGUGCUGGUAAGACAUGGACCUCCCGCUGCCUGAUGAAGUUUUAUGCGACAGUUGCAGCUUCAUCCGACAUCCCGGAAGGCAGUAUAACUGUGGAGAGGAUAGAACAACGAGUGUUGGAUUCCAAUCCUGUCAUGGAAGCUUUUGGAAACGCAUGCACCCUUCGGAAUAACAACAGCAGCCGAUUUGGGAAAUACAUCCAACUUCACUUAAAUAGAUCUCAGCUUUUAACAAGCGCUUCCGUUCAGACUUUUCUUCUGGAGAAAACAAGAGUUGCUUAUCAAGCCCCCCAGGAAAGGAAUUUCCAUAUUUUUUACCAGAUUGCAAAAGGAGCGACACAGGAUGAGCGCCGAGAAUGGGACCUUCUGGACAGUGUGCGUUUCUGUUGGCUUCCAAAUUCUGAAAAGACUCUAGAAGAAGACUGUUUUGAUGUGACUCGGGAGGCCAUGACCCACUUGGGUAUGGACAGUUUCACCCAGAAUAAUGUUUUUAAGAUACUAGCUGGUCUUCUCCAUUUGGGAAAUAUUCAGUUCUGCGAGUCAGAAGAUGAGGCACAUCUUUGUGAGUUAGAAGAUCUGGCCAAAGGCUUUGCAGAAACUGCCUCCCGGCUUUUAAGAGUGCCUGUGGAACAGUUGUUGGACACACUCAGGAUCCGGACGAUAACCGCUGGGAAACAACGGCAGGUGUUCAAGAAGCCUUGCCUCAAGGCAGACUGUGAAACAAGGAGGGACUGUCUGGCCAAGGUGAUUUAUGCCAGGAUCUUUGACUGGCUGGUGUCUGUGAUCAACGAAAGCAUCUGUGCCUCAAAUUCCGUGUGGAACAACUUCAUAGGUUUACUAGAUGUUUACGGUUUCGAAUCUUUUGCGGUAAACCACUUGGAACAGCUCUGCAUCAACUACGCCAACGAGAAACUGCAGCAGCAUUUUGUCGGCCAUUUUCUAAAGGCUCAACAGGAAGAAUACGCUGAGGAAGGUCUGGAAUGGUCCUUUGUAAACUACCAAGAUAAUCAAACCUGCCUGGACGCCAUUGAAGGGAAUCCUGUGAGCAUCUUCUCUUUGCUCAAUGAGGCCUGUCGCCUUAACUGGACCUCCAAUGCCGCGCAGUUUCAAAGUCGGAUUGAGAUGGCUCUGUCCAAGAACGCCUGUGUAAGCCGAGAGAAAUUUAGGAAGGAGCCAAACUUCAUUGUAUCCCAUUACGCUGGUAGCGUCUGCUAUCGAAUUGAGAGUAUGGUGGAAAAAAAUAAGGGUUCCCUCGAGCAGCUGAUGGAGAUCCUGCACAGCACCACCCCGCACUACAUCCGGUGCAUUAAGCCCAACGCAGACUGCAAGGCGGCCGUUUUCAGAAAAGAGGAGGUUCUGCAGCAGUUGGAGGCAUGUGGCAUUGUGGAAACUGUCAACAUCAGUGCAGCUGGCUUUCCAGUUAGGAUUUCCUUCGGAAGCUUUUUAGAACGUUAUGGGCUGCUGAAGAAAUUAAAGAAACGGAAUCUGAAAGCAACGUCCAGUCAAGGAAAUGACUUUUCCCAUGAGGCAGAGAAUGUUGGAGCUUCUCGAAUUCCAAAGGGCUUCUAUCUUAUCCGAGAAAGCGUUCUGCAUCCAGGGCUGUUGGAGAAGGUUUCGGAGGAAGAAAAUCGCCAGGCAGAGACGAUCUGCAACCGUCAUCCAGUCAGACCAAGAUGGCAGUGAUAGCUGCAGAAGAACUGGAUGGCAUGGAGGAACAUCCCCUUCCCUCUGUCCUUGGGGCAGCUGCUCCCUUAGGCCAGGCUGCUAAAAAACUGGACAGCUUCUGCCCUCUGAAUCCCAUCAUCCACAUCUGGCCUCUCAGCCUUGUUCUGUCAAGCACCCCAACAACGCUGGGGGGGCUCCAGAGAGAACUUGCUCUCCUAACUUGCCUCCAAGUCUUACAGAAGAUGAACUGGACCAAAACAGAGACCAGGUUCUCUCUACAAGGUGUCAACUCCAUCCGAGCUGCCCCACAGGGCUCCAUCAAGUUCCACUGCAGAAGGUCUCCGCUGCUUUAUGCCAACACCAGGCCCUACAGCUACAGCUGCAUGGUGACCGGGUUCAACCAGAUUCUUCUUGAUAAAUGUGCAAUACCUUGAGUCUGAAAUGGUCCUUCCGGGCCCUUGAUCUGUCCUGUAUUUAUUGCUCUUCUUCCGAGGAAGCUUCCUGGAGAACCAGAGAACUUAAAGCACCUCUUCCAUGUACAGAGAUGGUCUAAAACAGGGUUUCUCAACCGUGGCCCCUUUAAGAUGGGUGGAGUUCAACUUCCAGAAUUCUGGGAGUUGGAAGUCCACCCAACUUAAAGGGGCCACAGUUGAAAAGCACUAAUCCAGAUGCAGAAGUAGAGUCCUGGCCCACUCAUUCAAUCCAUCAAUUUAUUAAAUUGUAUUCCCCUCCCGCCCAUUUGGGAUGGUCCAUCCAUAACAUAAAACAGAGCUACCUCCAAUACCUUAUUUGGCCUGAUAGCAUCCGGUAACCUAGUGAAAGGAUCCCAGCUCCUUCAUCGUCUGAUCCUUUAUUUUCAGAAUCGGGAAGCAAAUCUUAACAAGUCUUGUGCAGGCCUUGAAAACAACAAUUGGGAAGGGCUCAAAGCCCAACACUUGGCUGCUAUUCAAUAAAACAGCCUGCCUUUUCCCAGGUUUCCACCCAAGGCUUUAAAUAAUGGCACUUUAAGGAAUCCAGUGGCUUUAAGUAGAACCUUAAAGCAACAGCAGUUUUAUUUUAUGUUUCUGACAGACGCCUCCCUAAAAAUGGACUUUUUUUUAACAAAUUGCAAAGUUUUUGGAUCAGUACGGGCACAAAAUUGUUCUUCCAAGUCAUUUUUGAAGCAUGUUAACAGCUCUAAAUCUGAUUAAAGCCAGGAGCUGGUAGAAUUUCAAUCCUGCUAGUUUUGAAGGAUGCUAUUUUUCUAAAUGUGUCUAUAUGGCAAUUUUUAUUUAAAAAGGGUGCUAUACUGUAGAUUGCUAUACCAAAAGUCUGUUCCCUUUGGAUAGAAAUCUUCAGGUUUUUUAAAUGGCCACAUAAAUAUAUUCAUUUACCACCAAAGACACCAUUUUAAUGUAAUGAGAACUUUAUAUAUUUGUUUAAAUUUCUACUGCACUUGUCAGUGUUCCGCAUGUAAUGAGGAAAAAGCCUGAUUCUUGGGCAUUUUUAAAAAAAAAUAUCGGAAGAGUUAUUUUAAAACAGCUGUUUUGUUCAAAAUAUUUCUUAAAAAUAUCAGGAAAAAAAAUAAAUUAUUAAAAGGCAGAGGUCAAAGUAAUAGUCUCUGAUCACUCUCCCUAACUUCUGGGUUGCAUUAUAUUCUGUGUAAAUUAAGAUGUAAUAAACUUG